AAGUGCGCUUUUGUAAUUGUGUGAAGGUGUGUUGUAAAGGCCUGAGGGACUGCCACCAUUGUUGAGAGGGAGAAAGAAAGAUGAUGUAUGGAGACUGGGAGGAUUCACUACAUCAGGUACCAACAGGAGAGUUAUGUCAAGCCAUGUGUGGAGUUCAGAAAGGUGUUGAAAUUGGCAGGUCUGAAAUCUACCACUUGUUAGAGUUAAGCUUCAGAAGACACUGCAUUGGAUGCUUGUAAACAUAAUGCGGUUUUCGUGGAUUAUUAGUGGCUGAAAAGAAGCUGUAGUUUUGAAAGUGAUGCUUAAUCACAUGAACUACACAACUCAUCAUUUACUUUAGUGCUGGGGAAGACAUUUCUAAAAGAUAUCCAUCCCACGAUGGUCUGAGUUUGCAACUUAUUAUCCUUCAGGGCUUAUCCAUGAUGAUGUUGCUGAGUCUGAUGCAUCACAUCCUUCUUAGUUUAUAUGUUUUCCAAAGUGACAAGUACUUUUCGCAAAUGGGCAUUUAGAUCCAUAUCUUGGCGUCUGUGGAUGGUGCCAUUGUGGUGGCCAUUGUUGCUAUUGUCUUCAGACGGGUGAUACUAAUCACGCAGGUUACACCGUCUCCUAACCGUGGAGUUGCCUGAAGGAGUUCAGCUCAAUUUCCCCUGUGUCACUAACCAAGGUGGCUUCCUAAUUGGUCGGUGAAACCCACGUUCACAAAAUCGGAAAUACGUUGGUGGGGACACGGACUCACAGCGAAUUGGUGACACACGGACAGGAAAUGUACUUUUUAUUGCAGAUAUUUGGCUAGCGUCCAUUUACUAGGAUCUCUAAUAUAAUCCCUCCUCUCACGUGGAACUGUUGCAUCUGAAUGCACCUUUGACUUUAUAUUACAGAUUGGCCAAUGAGAUGCUGCAGAUGAACAACCUGUGCCGGAUGCAGCAGAUCAGGAUCAUUGGACAAGAUGGCUGCAGCCGGUGUAGGGUGACCCUUGGAGCAUAGGAACUGGACAGCCAUGUCAGCAGUGGGAUAACCCACGUGAAUGUUUGUCAUAGAAACUUUACAUUGAACUAACAAUGUACAUAUCUGCAGUUAGGUGAUCUCAACGUGUUGUAGGAAAGUCUUCAUAGACUGAGCCUUGUCUUCUGACCAAUAUACCAAUAUGUGACACUUUGGACUGUUGGGAAUCAUUUCAAGUUUCAAUUCAUGGUUAAUUGUGAAUUGGUAUACAAUAAGUGACAAAUUGCAUCAGGUGAAAGUUCAUUCAGAUGGAACCAGAGAUGGAUGUCCCUUGUCGGGACGAUGGCUCUGCCCAGCGUAUGCUGCCUAAAGGUGACGUCCGAGGCUUCCUUAAAAGGAACAAGUCCAAGUUUUCUGGAAAUGGAUUUCCAAGUAUUAUUACUGAACAUUAUGAAGCAGAAUUUUCCUCGGGGUCUACAUUGGCUCCCUCUGUAGACUCCAAGAACCUCCAACAAGCUUUGCAAGCAGCGGAGAACAAGCCUUACCCACCUAUGUACGCCAGUCGCAUGCACGGCAAGACCUCACUACAGGCUCGCAUCUACAACUUCCUGGAACGACCCACGGGAUGGAAGUGUUUCAUCUACCAUUUCACAGUCUUCAUGAUGGUGCUCAUCUGCCUCAUCUUCAGUGUCUUAUCUACCAUAGACCAAUACUCAACAUUUGCAAAUGAGACCUUGUUUUGGAUGCUGGCCGAGUACUAUCUGGAAAUAUUUUUAGUAACGUUCUUUGGCCUGGAAUACGCGAUCCGCUUGUGGUCGGCAGGAUGCAGAAGCAAGUACAUGGGGCUGAAAGGACGGGUCCGGUUUGCCAGGAAACCUAUCUCCAUCAUAGAUUUGAUGGUGGUGGUAGCUUCAUGUGUGGUGUUUACAAUAGGAUCCGAAGGCCAGGUGUUUGCCACAUCAGCAAUAAGGGGAGUGAGGUUCCUGCAGAUUCUGCGUAUGUUGCACGUGGACCGACAGGGCGGUACUUGGCGUCUUCUAGGUUCUGUAAUAUAUCUACAUAGACAGGAGUUAAUUACAACACUGUACAUAGGAUUCCUGGGCCUUAUAUUUUCCUCCUACUUUGUGUAUUUGGCGGAGCGUGAGGAUGGCCGGAAAGACUUCUCCAGCUAUGCAGACGCCCUCUGGUGGGGAGUGAUUACUGUGAUGACUAUAGGUUACGGAGACAAGGUGCCCCAAACAUGGAUGGGGAAGAUAGUAGCCUCCUGUUUUGCUGUGUUCGCAAUAUCCUUCUUUGCUCUUCCUGCCGGUAUCCUUGGUUCAGGUUUUGCUCUAAAAGUCCAACAGAAGCAGCGCCAGAAGCACUUCAACAGACAGAUACCUGCAGCAGCAACACUCAUACAGUGUCUGUGGAGAUGUCAUGCCUCAGAUCCCAACUCCAAGUCAGAAGCCACGUGGAAGAUUCAUGUCCAUGAUCCAACCAAUGAAGAGACAGUAUUUGCCCGUGUGGCGCGGCGUGCAAGUCUGACAUUACGCAAACGUCGAGCGUCACGCCUCGACAUCGGCACCACAGCUUCCAAUCAUCUACAUCGAGAAAGUGUGUCGUCAAUAUCUUAUACCGAUGAAAAACUAGGUACUCCGCGUGGAGGACGCAAGGACAGCCAUCGCCCCAGCAUCUGUGGAGGGAACGAGCAGUACAUCGAAGACACAGACUAUGAUGGGGAGGAGACAGAGAAAGUUGUGCAAUUGACAUUAGCUCAUAAAACAGCUAUAAGAGUGAUACGAAAAAUAAAGUAUUUUGUUUCAAGAAGAAAAUUCCAGCAAGCUCGCAAGCCGUACGAUGUACGUGAUGUGAUAGAGCAGUAUUCUCAGGGACAUCUCAACAUGAUGGUCAGAAUCAAAGAGCUACAGAGGAGACUGGACCAGACGCUGGGGAAGCCGGGCACCCUGUACUCCAGUCACUCCCGCGACAAGGAGAGGCUCACCAUCAGCGCCAGGAUAGUCAAGAUGGAAAACCAGAUGUCUCGUAUGGACCAGAAGAUGGAUCAAGUGAUACAUCUCCUCAACUCCUUACUGAAAAACAGGAUGGUUAAUGAAGAUUCCAAGGAAGAUGAAGUAUGACCUUGCCUUUGAUAGAUGAUAAUAUUCCAUGAAUGUCUGUUAGCGGUCCAGAUAUGUAGCAGACAUGAAGCAGAUUUGAAGCAGACUUGAAGCAGACAUCAUUCAGUCAGCAGCUGGAACAUGAGCAACAUGAUGAUAAAAGUUUGCAGUGUCAAGACUGCUCGUUCCUAUGACGAUGGAAAUGGUACACAAGUGUGCCUGUCCUCUGUUGCAUGAUGAGGCUGUAUGUGAAGUUCGUCAUUGUGCCCCGUCUUGAUGUCCAGUCUCUAAAAAAACAGUCACUGUGUGACUGCCAUUGUAGAUAUGACUUUGAAUCCCCUGAAGGAACAUUGUGCUACUUACAAUCAAACUGUACAUAUUCUCAAGACACAUGGACAGUUGUAACUGAGUCUUUGUUGGUUGGUGCAAUACAUGAGCAUUUGAUUGGAUUUCCAGAACAGGAGAUUUAUGAUUUAUAUAACCCUCACUACUUAGAUUUUUGCUGCACCAAAAAUGAGAUAUACAGCAGUGUGUUGGUGUUUGUACAGUCUACACAGAUGCAGGUCGUGCCCUGACGACACAGAUGUAGGUUGUGCCCUGACGACACAGAUGUAGGUUGUGCCCUGACGACACAGAUGUAGGUCGUGCCCUGACGACACAGAUGUAGGUUGUGCCCUGAUGACACAGAUGCAGGUCGUGCCCUGAUGACACAAAUGCAGGUUGUGCCCUGAUGACACAGAUGCAGGUCGUGCCCUGAUGGUCAUGGAUGCAGGUCGUGCCCUGAUGGUCACAGAUGCAGGUCCUGCCCUGAUGGUUACAGUUGCAGGUCCUGCCCUGAUGGUCACAGAUGCAGGUCGUGCCCUGAUGACAUGGAUGCAGGUCGUGCCCUGAUGGUCACAGAUGCAGGUCCUGCCCUGAUGGUUACAGAUGUAGAUCGUGCCACGAUGGUCACAGAUGCAGGUCCUGCCCUGAUGGUCACGGAUGCCGGUCCUGCCCUGAUGGUCACGGAUGCAGGUCGUGCCCUGAUGGUCACGGAUGCAGGUCCUGCCCUGAUGGUCACGGAUGCUGGUCCUGCCCUGAUGGUCACGGACUCUGGUCCUGCCCUGAUGGUCACGGAUGCAGGUCGUGCCCUGAUGACACAGAUGCAGGUAGUGCCCAGAUGGACACAGACGAUUACAUGGAUUGAGCUACAGAGCUGUGUGGAUGUGGUUUUCAUCAAGUAAGUUACAGCACCUUGUUUGGUGAAGUACCAGCAUCCGUACCAAAAUGAUGCAUAAGAAGAAGUUAAUCCAUGUCAAUCCUGACUUCAUUGUAACUAUAGUAUAUAUAAACACAAGUAGUGAAAUGUGACUACCCAGUCGUGAACACCAUUCACCCAUGUCAUGUAGAUUAGAUUAGUAUAUAUGCUUGUGUGUAUUAAUAUUCAUGGCCAGCUUUAUCAUUGUACAGUCACAUAUUAACCUGGCCGUUCAUCUCUGUGUCUUGGAGACAUGCGUCACAUAGCUUGUUGCCCGGGAUAUUGUAAUACACAAGCAUGCAGAUGAAAGUGUCACCAUGACGACAGCUCUGUAGCUUUUUCCACAAUGGAUGUCUCUAGUUCCUGUAUAUCUUUACAGCUAGGGAAAUAUAACUGUUAUCCAGACUUCAAGACAGAUUCUUCAUGGAUCAAGAAUGCCUUCUUUGGAUUUGAAUGUGGAGGUUCCAAAAUGAUAAUACUCAGAAAUACUUGGACAUAUUGCAAGGGAGGUCACUCUUGCAUGAAUCAUGGCCGUUGCUCCUCACAUAGAUACAGAAGACAACCUGAAAGUCAAAUAAAAUCAUGAUGCAUAUACAUAUAUUCUUGCCAAAAAUAUACUUUGAUUGGAUUUAGUAAUAUAUCUAAAGUCCUAUAUUUAGAUAUAAAGUCCCAGUGUACAAGACGUUUUCAUUGCAUUGAGAGAUGUUGCACCCGAUUUUAGACAAAUUUAGAUUGAAUAUAUUCAAAGUCUGAGAUUCAUUUAAGAGAUUUAGGUUUUGUAUCACAGGCAGCUUUAAUAAGAACCAUGAACGGCAAAUCUUUUGAUAAACAGCAUGAGCCUGUUGUGGUUUUGCAGGACGUUUGGAAUGUGAACUGACAGUGCGAGGGGUGCAUGGAGGGUAGGUUGCUAAGGUGUUCAAAAACCCACAAUCCAAGGUUAUGUUCUGAGUAAAUAUUGUUACCAUGAGGUCUGAUAUUCAAACCACAAAUACAAUCAUGUUAAAAUCAUGUGCAUCUUUAUUUAAGUAAGGGGAGCUACAUGCUGUGGUGGUGUAAGGGAGGUAACUCUAGCAUGGACCUUGUGAUGGUGCUUCAGUCUUCGAGAACUGUUCCGAGAACUGUUCUGAUGAUGAGUGUGACUGUGAGUAGUCUGUGUCUAGAUUCCUACUUUGGUCACAGCUCUGUCCUCACAUCUAGAGACUCCAGUGAGGCACACAGUCUUAGACCCAGUAGCAGUUUUUCAUUCCAUGUCUGUGUUCCAUCACCCAUUCACCCAUGAUUUAAAAGCACAAUCAUAAAGUUGUAUGAAGUGGUAAUAAAAUAUACUCAUGUAAGUCAGAAAAUGAAAUUUACAUUGUGAAGGCAAGCAAGUGUUGUGGGAAAUAAAAUGGAAUGUUUUGACAACACAUAAUUUGCAAGAUAUCUUAUGCACAUUUUCUAAAUAUUGAUGAGUGGAGGUACAGUAGUUUAGAAUAUAACUCGUAACUUGUAUGUUUUCUGAUUCUUGAUCUUGAUUACCGUAUACGACGUUAAAGCGCCCCGCUCAAAUAAGCGCUCACGGCGAUAUUUGCUAAUAUAUUUGGCUAGUGAACAAUCCCAAUUAGCACCUCUUCCGAUUAAUCAAUGUACACAAGACUUAUUUA